GGAUAGUUAGUUGUUAGUGUUGUCGUUGUGUUGUGACAGGGAAACUGCGACCCUAGGGUUUUCAUGUUUUUCUUUCCAUUCGCCUCCUCGAUCUGCCCCGUUUCCAUUCGCCCGGGCGUGCGAUGAUAAGCGAUCGGACCGUGAGCGCGUGAGUGGCGUGAGUGUUGUAUUGAAUUUGUAUGUAUUUAGCCGCGUGUCGUCGCAUCCGGUCGAUUUAUGCCCGACAUCGUCGAAAUGAACGGUCUGAGUCUGAGCGAGCUGUGCUGCAUAUUCUGCUGUCCCCCGUUUCCGUCGAGGAUCGCCGCCAAACUGGCCUUCCUCCCUCCCGAGCCGACCUACAGUUUCACGGACGAGACUUCCUCCAAGUGUCAGAUUAACUUGACAGAGAAGGCCGAGUGGCUCUAUUCGGACAGGGAGAAGGAAGCCUUCGAAGGGUUCUUCGCUAGGACGUCCCGGGGCAACAGGAUCGCCUGCCUUUUCGUCAGGUGCAGCGCCAACGCAAGAUUCACGAUCCUAUUUUCACACGGCAACGCAGUCGAUCUGGGCCAGAUGAGCAGUUUUUACUUCGGCCUCGGCACCAGCAUCAACUGCAACAUAUUCAGCUACGAUUAUUCCGGCUACGGUGUGAGCACGGGCAAACCGUCCGAGAAGAACUUGUACGCGGAUAUCGACAGUGCGUGGCAUACACUAAGGACGAGAUACGGCAUCAGUCCCGAAAAUAUUAUAUUAUACGGUCAGAGCAUCGGUACAGUGCCUACGGUCGACCUCGCAUCCAGGUACGAAGUCGGAGCAGUCGUUUUGCAUUCCCCGUUGACUUCGGGCAUGAGGGUCGCCUUCCCGAAAACAAAACGGACCUGGUUUUUCGACGCUUUCCCUAGUAUCGAUAAAAUUGCCAAGGUAACGUCUCCAGUCUUGGUGAUUCACGGCAAAGAAGAUGAAGUGAUAGACUUUUCUCAUGGAUUAGCUAUAUAUGAAAGAUGCCCUCGAGCAGUUGAUCCUCUUUGGGUUGAGAGAGCUGGGCACAACGAUGUUGAACUUUACCAUGAAUACCUGGAUAGAUUGAGACGUUUUAUCUCCGUGGAACUAGUCAACUGACACUUGUUGUGGGGGGACGACCUCAAUCCAUCACCUCUAAGUUCAGCUACUAAUAGUUCAGUGACGGAAAAACUGUUAUAGAUGGUUCAUUGAUAAACAAAUUAUUU